AUGAGGCAGAGGGGACGCGCUGCCCUCCUAGUGGCUCUGCUGCUCCUGGCACAGCUGCGCCCCGGGAGCAGCCAGUGGAGCCCGGCGACUGCGGCGGCGGCGGCGGCGGCGACCGGGGUCCAGGAUCCGAGUCUCCGAUGGAGUCCCGGGGCGCGGAAUCAGGGCGGCGGCGCCCGCGCGCUCCUCUUGCUGUUAGCCGAGCGCUUCCCGCGCCGCGCCGGAGGAUCGGGGACCGCAGGCGAGCGGCAGCGACGGGGCGACCCUCCGCUGUCCAUUGACCUCACCUUCCACCUGCUGAGGACCCUGCUGGAGCUGGCCCGGACACAGAGUCAGCGCGAGCGCGCAGAGCAGAACCGCAUCAUACUCGACUCGGUGGGCAAGUGA